AUGGAUCUACGCUACUUUGCUAUAACAAACGAGAAACAUAUCGUUUGGCAUCGGUCGUUCUCAAAACGUAGCUUUGAAGACGUGGUACUUAAAUAUCUGUUAUGUAAUCCUCCAGAUCAAGAUAUAUACUAUAGCGAAGGGGAUUUCUCUCUUCACUGCCUGACCGUUUCAGGACUUUCCUUUAUCGCGGUAACCGAUCGAAAUGCUUCUCGACAAAAAUUUCGGAACUUGGUUGUAGAGGUUUCUCGCAAUUUUCUAAGCGAUGGUACAAGAUUUCAAAGGGCUAAAAGUGGUGGUAAAGAUUGUUUACAACAGUCUUAUAAUAUAACCUUGGAAGAUUUGAUGGAAUCACCCAACUCUUCUAAGGGAAAUGAUUCGUUGGACCAGUUACGUAAUAAUGUGAAUACUGUAACAGCUGUUAUGCAAGAGAAUACUAGACUAGCGCUUCAACGAGGUGAUCGGUUAAACAAUUUGGUCAGCAAAACAGAUGAACUUGCAGCCAGCGCUAAUCAAUUCCAAACAACUGCUACAAAAGUGGCCCGAAAAACUUGGUGGGAAAAUUUUCGUAUGAAAUUAAUUAUUGUUGGCGUUGUCGGUGGCAUACUUCUGGUAAUUGUGAUAAUUAUACUCUGGCAGACUGGAGUGUUCAAUAGCAAAUCGCAACAUCAGUAAUAAUAGCAACAGUAAAUAAUUCACUUCAUAUUGUUUAUUACAUGGAACAGAAAAUGCAAAGAAACACCCAUAUUAAAAUUAGGUGCAGAGAUUUAAUAACAAUUAUAUAUAUAUAGUGUUCGGAAUGAUUUUUUCACUCAACAUCUAUCUCCUUUGUAUGGAUGACUAUCUUUCCGAUGUAUAUUGAUUAUUUAUUCUUUAUUGAUUCCAAUACACAUUUUCUUUACCUUCAAUAAUAAUGACUUUUUGAAAGCUGAUGAUUAUAAAUAAAUGAAAGAUAAAAGAGGUACAAACUGUUUGAUAACUUUUUGUUGGAAUUAGACUUUGUAAACGUAUGUAUUUGUGUUUAUGCGUGCGUGCGUUCAUGUAUGUUCAAGUGACUUCAUAAUAAUACCAUCAUUAUUCAUUUU